CAGCCCCCGGCCCAAAGGGGAAAAAAAAAGAGAGGCCCCAACACUUUGCUCCCCUGGCCACAUUCCCAAUUUUUACUACGAACUGAAGAUGAAGAAAUAGAAAAAAAACAGAGAGAAAAGAUCCCCCCAAACUCAUCCCACCUGCAACUGCAUACCCCCCGCGAGCGAGCGAGCGAGCACUACUAGGAGUAUUCAUUCUUUAAUCUUUUCGUUAACAACAAACAACUAGGCAGGCAGGCAGCCGAGGAGGAGGAUGGGUUGCUGUUAGUUUACUACUACUACCCUACCACCACCACCACCACCACCGCGGCGAGGGGCGAAGGCUUCGUCCCCCAUCCGGCAAUCCGACCACCCCCCCUCCCUCGAAUUCCAUUCCGUCCCUUGUCUUCCCCGCACCCGCAUGCACCAAUCGCCAGCCUGCGUUCGUUGCCCCCUCCACAUCCAUCGGAAAGCUACGCCUCCCCAACCGCCUCUCCCUCACCUCUCUGCCUCUCCCUCUGGCCGGUGAUGCGCGCGCUCAGGUGAGCUUUGAUCGGACCUCGGAGGAGUCAGACUGCCCGCCGGCCAUGGCCAUGCCUAUGGCCGUCGCCAAGAGGUGCAUGAACCCGGCCUGCGGCGCGCCCGCCACGGGAGCCGGAGGGGACUGGAGGAAGGGCUGGCCGCUGCGAUCCGGCGCCUUCGCCCUGCUCUGCGACAAGUGCGGGUUGGCAUAUGAGCAAUUUGUAUUUUGUGAUAUAUUUCACCUAAAGGAAUCAGGAUGGAGAGACUGCUCAUUCUGUGGGAAGCGUCUCCAUUGUGGAUGUGUAGCUUCUAAAAACUCUUAUGAUCUACUCGAUAGUGGAGGAGUUCAAUGUGUCACUUGCAUGAAAAAUUCAGCAGCUCAAUCUGCCUCUGGUCAAGUGGUUCCAAAGCUUUUUCCAUGUCAAAAUAAUCUGCGCAUUUUCGGUAAAAGUGACGAGGUAUUGUCUGGUAGAAAAUUUGAACAAUCACCCUCCCUUGUGUUGGAUUCCAGAAAUGAUGAUCUAGCUAUUGUAAAUAAGAGCAACCAUCCAUUCUUGGUGAAAAGCAUAGAGGCUGGGCAAAGCAGUAGCAUCUUGAGGCAAAAAGAGAUAGAGAAUGGUUCAAGGCAGAUCAAAUGGGAACAGCCACCCCUUAGUAUUGGGGACAUGGGAAAACCUUUCUUAACUAGGUCUCAGAGCGCAUUAGAGUCACCUCAAUGUACUCGAAGAGAUGACAAUAAGGAUCCAACUACAGAUAGCACAACAAGUGAGUCUAUUUCAGAGGCAUGUCUCAGCAUGAGCUUGGGUAUUGCUAAUAAUGGAAACAGGAUGGAGGCUACUUCAACAGUGGAAAGACCUAUACUAUCACCAACGACAGUCAUUGCUGAAGGAAGAGAACUUACCACUGCAUUAUCUCCCUUUCAGCAUGCACAAAGGGCUCGGCAUUUCCUGACCAGACCACCAAGGGUUGGUGAAGGUGCUGUUUUUGAUCCAACGAGAGAUAUGUUUCCACAUCUUCGUGUUGCUAGACCACCCGCUGAGGGAAGGGGCCGCAAUCAAUUACUUCCACGGUAUUGGCCAAGAAUAACAGACCAAGAGCUGCAACAGAUAUCUGGAGAUUCAAAUUCCACAAUCGUUCCAUUGUUCGAGAAGGUCCUGAGUGCGAGUGAUGCAGGCCGCAUAGGCCGCCUUGUUCUUCCAAAAGCCUGUGCUGAGGCAUAUUUCCCCCCAAUUUCUCAACCGGAAGGUCGCCCCUUGACAAUUCAAGAUGCAAGAGGAAAAGAAUGGCAUUUUCAGUUUAGGUUUUGGCCAAAUAAUAACAGCCGAAUGUAUGUCUUGGAGGGUGUUACACCAUGCAUACAGUCCUUGCAAUUACAAGCUGGCGAUACAGUGACCUUUAGUCGGAUAGAACCUGGAGGGAAACUUGUUAUGGGCUUCCGGAAGGCAACAAAUACUGUCAGUCUGCCAGACUCACAGAUCUCAGCUAUUGCAAAUGGUUCCCUUCUCAGUGAGACACUCUUUUCUACUGCAAAUGACAACUUAGGAGUAGUAAGUGGUUACCCCGGAUUUCUUCAGUCAAUAAAGGGGGCUGCAGAUCUCCAUCCAAGCUCUCUAUAUGAUCAUCAUAUGAACUCAGCUGAUGGGGAUGUUAGUUGGCUUAAGGCAGAUAAAUUCGGCAGCAGGCCAGAUGAAGGGUCUUUGCAGUUUUUACAAAAGCGAAGUCGCAAUAUUGGUUCCAAAAGCAGGAGGUUCUUAAUGGAUGCUGAAGAUGCCAUGGAACUAAAGCUUACCUGGGAGGAGGCUCAAGAGUUGUUGCGUCCUGCUCCCACUGCAAAACCAACUAUUGUGAUGAUUGAGGACUAUGAAUUUGAAGAGUAUGAUGAACCCCCUGUCUUUGCAAAGAGAUCAAUUUUCACCAUCCGUGCAACAGGGGAACAAGAUCAAUGGAUUCAAUGUGACGAUUGCUCGAAAUGGCGUCGGUUGCCUCUUACUGUUAUUAUUGCUUCCAAAUGGACGUGCACUGACAACUCAUGGGACCCAAAAAGUUGCUCCUGUUCUGCGCCUGAAGAAUUGACCCCAAAAGAGUUGCAAAGUGUUCUGCAGCAGUAUGAAGAAAUGAGGAGGCGAAAGGGCAGCUACUACGGUUUGAAGCUGAAUGUGGCCGAAAUGGACGCAUCCAACCUUGAUGCCUUGGCCACUGCUGCAGUGUUCGGUGAUGUCGGGAACCAAGGUACAGCUUCAGUUGCGACAACCACAAAGCACCCUCGGCACCGCCCGGGCUGCACAUGCAUCGUGUGCAUUCAGCCACCCAGCGGCAAGGGGCCCAAGCACAACCCUUCGUGCACCUGCAACGUCUGCAUGACCGUCAGGCGUCGAUUCAAGACGCUGAUGAUGAGGAAGAAGCAACGGCAAUCGGAGCGAGAAGAGGCCGAGGCGAGCAAGAAGAUGGCCUGGAUGAACAGGGACGAGCCCGAGGGGAGCAAUCUGUCGAGAUCCCCGCAGACACUGGACACCACUCGAGACAGCAGUGAUGUGGCCAUGUUCGACAAGACGGCUGACAUGAACAAGGGGCACAUCGACCUCAAUUUCCACCCUGCCGUCCGGGACGAUCAUCAGGGACAGCACGGCACGCAGCAGCCCCGGCCGGUGAGCAUGGUGGGCCUGAUGGAAGUUGCGAGCCGACCCCUGGACAACUACAUGAAGCAGAACGGCCUGACGAGCCUGGCCGGGGAGCAAGGGGGCGGUAGCUCCAGCACCGCCACGGUGCCGCCAGCUCCGGUGGAGAGCGAGGAGCGGGCCUCCAACGAGCUCCGUGUCGCGUCAGUGGAGAGGGAGCGGGAACCUGACGCCAUGGCCGUCGACGAGGCCGGCGACAACCAGCAGGACAAGUCUGGCGACGAUGUUGCUGCUACCUGACAGCGUGCGUGCGUGCGUGCGUGAUUGAUGGUGUUGUCAGUGUGCGUUGACGUGCUUAUCUUAUCGGCUCCUCUUGGUUUUUUCAGGAACAGCUGGUGAGUUUUGUUGUGAAAGAUAAAAUUAUUGUAGGGUUCCAUCUUGAUGCUUCUCCUGGAGUAACAUACGUGUACGUAUGAGGCUGUGCAACCGCAGAUUGUAAGUUGUAAAAGUCUGUAAGCGUGAUGCUCGGUAUUGGUUGGUGUUGUACCUAACGCUUAAAACCUUUGGAUUUGUACUGGACAUCCUAUAUAGUUGGUUCCCUUUCCUCAUUUUGAAA